ACUCACCUGAACCUGCACUCAAGCAGUUCCGCCUGUGCUGUCUUCGGAAAACUCAGGGACAUGGGGACCCCGGUCAGGAAAGGCUUCUACAGGCAAGAGCUUAACAAGACCGUCUGGGAAGUGCCGCUCAGGUACACCGACCUGACCCCGAUAGGAUCAGGGGCGUAUGGAAGCGUGUGUUCAGUGAUUGACCAGAAGACCGGAGAGAAAGUGGCUGUAAAGAAACUGCACCGACCCUUCCAGUCUCUGACUCAUGCUAAGCGAGCGUACCGUGAACUCCAGCUGCUCAAGCACAACAAACACGAAAAUGUUAUUUGUUUGCUCAAUGUCUUUUCACCAGAAGACUAUUUACAUACAUUCCAGAGCUUAAACUCAUCUCCAGAUCUGAGUACACUGGUGUUCCCCAUGCCCACUCAAAAUACAGUGACCUUCAUUUUGAAUCCUAAAAGUGAAUCAAAUUAUUCAUUCAAAAAGAGGAAUAUUUUUAUCUCAAUGUCAAGAAGUAAGGCUUUUACUUUGGUAUUUACUAGUAUUCUGACUGUUUUCUUUCCACAGUACAUCCAUUCUGCUGGGAUUGUGCACAGGGACCUCAAACCUAGCAAUCUAGCAGUGAACCAGAACUGUGAACUGAAGAUCUUAGAUUUUGGACUAGCUCGUCCGACUGAGACAGAAAUGACGGGUUACGUUAUAACUCGCUGGUACCGACCUCCUGAGAUCAUUCUGAAUUGGAUGCACUACAGUUAUUCAGUGGAUAUUUGGUCAGUGGGCUGCAUCUUGGCUGAGAUGGUCACAAGAUCAGUGAUUUUUCCCGGAUUUGACCAUUUUGAUCAACUGAAGAAGAUCAUGAAUGUCACAGGAACACCACCACAAUCCCUUGUGGAUAAGAUGCAGAGUGAAGAGGCAAGAAACUAUGUUUGCUCGCUCACACCAAAACAGAAGAAAGAUUUCCAGCAGGUUUUUCCCACAAUGAAUAAACAAGCGGUUGAUUUGCUGGAAAAGAUGCUGCACCUAGACCCCGAUGAGAGAAUUACUGCUUGUGAUGCAUUAGCACAUCCAUAUCUUACUGAAUAUCAUGAUCCAGCUAAUGAGCCAGUGGCAGAACCAUAUGAUGAUUCCUUUGAAAAUCUGGACCUAAAGAUUGAAGAAUGGAAAAGCCUUCUUCACAUGGAGAUCACUACCUUUGACCCAGAAAAUCCAAGACAAAUGGCAACAUGAUGCUUUUCAAUCGUGUUUCGUGAUACUUCUAAAAUGAGAUAAUGCAAAUUCAUUUUUUAACAUCAUAAAAACUGAAGCUGAAAUCUCUAGGCUGUGUCAUUGCUGUUAACUUGCAUCCUCUUCUUUCCUUUGCUCCACAAAGCAGCCAUUUUUCAAAUGUAACCUUAAAGUAACAUCCAGCAAAGGUACAAUCACAAGAAAUAAAACAGUAAAUUCCAGACAAAUAGAUUUAACCCAGACCUGCUGUGGACUAAGCUGGCAGCACAGUGGCUCAGUGGUUGGCAGUACUGUCUCACAGUGCCAGUGACCUGGGUUCAGUUCCAACCUUGGAUAACUAUCUGUGU